GGCAAGAUGACUGAUAAUGUACAUUCAUUAAACACGAUUGAUCGAUUGUUAUCGCGGGACUCGAUUCCCAACACGUCCAAGUUGAUUGAGUUACAGUACUUAUGCUCAUUGAUACCGUAUUGUACUGAUAUUGAUCAAAUUGUGGACCGAUUACCAUUUGAAAAAUAUGCAAAAGAUAAAGAAUUAUCAAUAAUGUUACAAAUAUAUCAAAUUCAAUUACACUUAUUUUUCGGAGGCCAAUCGAUAAAUUAUCAACGAGUGGAGAAAAAUUUCAAAUCAAUCCAAGUUAAUAAUUUAUCAAUUGGACUAAAAUCACCCAAUGAUGAAUUAUUAUAUUUAAGAAUUAAAUAUAAUGAUUUGCUAACUGAUUAUCAAUACCUAUUAGCACCUAAUGUUGAGGAAUUCAAAUUCAUUGAGUUGGUUAAUAAGAAAUUGAUUAUAUUAAAUAAUUUAAAUAAUAAAGAUGAUGAAGCAAUUAAUUGGUUAAUUAAAGAUAUUCAAUAUAAAAUAUUAAUCUGUUUAUUACUUAAUGGGAGUGAUUUUAAUAAACAGAAACUUCUUACUUAUAUUAAAGAAUCCAAUUUGACCAUUGAUAAAGAACCAAUUAAUGAAUAUUUUGAAUUAAUCUAUCAAAAUAAUCAAUUUAUAAGUUUUGAAAAAUUUCAAAAUUUUAUCGAAUCAAUUAAAAUAACCUUCCCAAUUUUUAAUAAGAUUAUUAGACUCAAUGAAAUUAAAUUAAUAUCUAAUUUUCUUGAAAAUAACCUUGCUAAUUUACCAUUUUACUAUAAAUCAAUUUACUUAACUAAAAUUGAAAAUUUUUUCCCCAAAUUCGAUAUCAAUAUUGAAAAUUUAAUUAAUCAAAUGAUCAUUAAUAAUAAGUUCCCUCCAGGUACUACCAUUAAUCAACUGAAUGGAUUACUUGAAUUUCCGUCCUUCACCAAAUUUAAUGUUUUGAAUAAUCAUAUUAAUCAAAUUGGUGAAGUAAUUAAUCAAUUAGUUGAUGUGACUGCAAACGUGUAAUCCACCUGAAGGUCAACUAUUAACGAGAAGGGGCUGUUAGUGCAUUGUGUACCUACAACUGGGGCAGCGGCAGAUGCGAAGCAAUUACGUUUAUUGUAAGUAGGAUUAGUUAAAUAUAAUUUUGUAACUCAU